AGGGCGUGGCCACCCCCGCUUCGGCGCCCGGAGCCGCCCCGAGCGGCGUGCCCGCGGCGGCAAAGGCCAAGGACACCAUCGAGCUCGGCGGCCCCCCCGCCGCCGCUCACGCCGCGCCAUCUGUUUCGGCGGGGCUGCACAGGCAGACCAGCGCCCCGACGACGGUCGCGCCGCCCCUCCCGGCGCCGCUCCGUCGGCAGCAGACCGAGCCGUCCCCCGGAGGCCGCUCUCCGCUGGCGGCCAUGCGCAAGGACCUCUCGAGGGCCCCCAAGCGGUGUGGUGAAGGGCCUGUUGAACAAGGUAUGCCCCGAGAAGUUUACGACCGUCGUUGAGAAGCUCAUCGCGAUCAAGGUGACCAGUGUCGAGGCCCUCGAGAUUAUCAUAGAGCUGAUCUUCAAGAAGGCCCUGUCGGAGCCGCACUACAGCGAGACGUACGCGGACUUGGUUUUCAGCCUCCGCUCGGUUUUCCCUGAGUUCCCGGCGCCAGAUGGCGGAAGGCCGACGACAUUCAAGUCAUCCGUGCUCAACAUUUGCCAGGUCGAGUUCGAGGAGCUGUUGGCUGCCCCAGAGCCUUCCGAGCACGAGAAGGCGGGCCACGGCUGCGAGGAGCUCGAGGCGCUGUGCCAGGAGCGCCGCGGGCGGAUGCGGGCAAACAUGCGCUUCGUGGGCCACCUCUUCCUGCGCCAGCUCCUGUCCACGAAGGUGGUGUGCGGCAUCCUUCGGGAGCUCGUGCUCUGCGACCUGCAGGACGUCGCACCGCAGGAGCACGCCCUGGACUGCGCGUGCGAGCUGCUGAACAGCGUCGGAUUCACGCUGGAGGCCAUGCCCUCUGGCCAGUGCGCGCUGCCCGUCGUCUUUGGCCGCCUGGACGAGCUGCGCGCCAUGAAGACUCGUGACGGCAAGAGCUUGUACACCAAGAGGAUCCAAUUCAUGAUCAAGGACGACAUCAUCGACACCCGCGAGGCCGGCUGGACCAGGAAGGUGUUCCGCAGCGCCGCCAAGACCAAGGAGGAGAUCCGAAUGAACUCUGCCGGUCAGGGCCCGCACGGCGAGACGGUGGUGGUCGGUCAGAGGCCGCUCUAUCUGAGCGCCGACCCUGAACGCUUCUUGCGCGUGUGCACGGCCUGAGUUCCAGGGGGACGGAUCAAUGUCUGCGUAAUCGAAGACCGGGAACGCGCACGAGUCCGACUCUAGCGGGGCCUUGCUUUGGUAGCGUCUGCCACCCGCUUGCGUUCUGUGUCUGCUCGGCGCCGUGCCACCGCAGGCUGCGCUGACGGCGCGGGCGUUUGGCAGCGGUAUACUUCCGGACAGCACCAGGAAUAAUACGGACCUCGCUGCAGCAAGAAUAGAGAUUCGCACACCGUGCGAUGCAUUUCCAGCUUGCUGACCGUCGUCCGGAGAAGUAGUCACGCUCUGGGUGCAGUGCUCUGGCUUAAACCAGGACGUUGGCGCAUCUUGUUAGUCGUACCAGUUACUCAUUGCUCAUGCUGCUAAGGCCAGCACGCUCAGUUUUCCGUUCCUGCCAGCCUGAAUCAGAUCCCCAUCCCUAUGAUUGGCAUCACUUUAUCUGGAUGCCGAUCAGGAGGAUUCCCUCAGUCUUUGAGGGCGCAUCCCUAAGACUGGCAUCGCCUUUGAGCUAUGGGCUUGUCAACCUUAGGGGUAGGGAUCAGUUCGUGGCUGGUCGGUUACAUGUCAAUUGCGCUCUGCCAGGGCUGUUAUUAGUGCGAAGUACUUUAUCAGGUUGUAGCGAAUUGUGCUCCCUCAGGGCGUUUGUCUUUCGACUGUUUUUCAAGUGACAGGCACAGACUCAAUCGGUCCACCUCUGAAGCGGUCGGCCUCGAUGGCGCGCUCGACGAGGUCGCCAAGCAUACGAAAGAGAACUCUACUGCGACAGAUGUCCGUGUUCGAUUUGCUGGACUAGCACAUCUCUCUGGCGCUUGCGCCUGUUGCUCCAUUCUGUGACCGGCGCUUCAUGCGAUGGCCAGUAAGUUGCCAUGCUUCCUCCUCCAAACGUACCCACCCAACUAUAAGCCUCAACAUUUU